AUGAACUCUUCUAACUCUCGUUGUGAUUGGGCAAACUCUGAUCCACUUCUCCAAGACUAUCAUGAUAACGAAUGGUGCAUUCCUGUGCAUGAUGACAAUGAGAUUUUUAAGUGGCUAAACUUAGAAGGGCAAUCUGCUGGAUUAAGCUGGCUUUUAAUAUUAAAAAGAAAAGAAAAACUUUGCGCUGCGUAUGCGGACUUCGAUCCAAGUAUUGUUUCAAAAUUUGAUGAUAAAAAGGUUGAAGAAUUAAUGGAAACUGAUGGUGUAAUUAAGCACAAGCUAAAAGUAAAAGCAGUUAUAUCAAAUGCGCAGGCAUUUCUGAAGGUUAAAGAAGAAUUUGGUACUUUUGAUAAAUAUAUCUGGCAAUUUGUUAACUUCACACCAAUUAUUAACAAAUGGGAUUCAAUUGAUGAUAUACCAAGCCAAUCAGAGAUAUCAGACAAGAUCAGCAAAGAUUUAAAGAAACGUGGUUUCAAAUUUGUUGGAAGCACAUUGGUUUAUUCAUUUAUGCAAGCAAUUGGAAUGGUUAAUGAUCACCUGAAUUCAUGCCCAUAUAAAAACCAUGACAAUAAAAAAUAA